AUGCAAUUAAAUGGUAGUAAUGGAGUAGAUACUAAAUAUAAAACAAUAAAUGACAUAAAGAAUGAAAAAAAAGCAGAUGGAACUGGUUUUUUUACUCCUGAAGAGUUAACUUAUUUCGAUGAUCCUUUAAUUGAAAAUAAAUUAAAUAAUGCCGCAAGUGUUGCUGAGUUGGUAGAAGAAGUUCAAAAGGGUGAAACUGCUACUAAAAAAGAACAGGCGUUAUCUACUAAGUUGAAUUCAGAGAAAACUAAUGGAACUGUAGCUUUUCGAGUAGUAAAUCGCCGUCCAAAUUAUAGAGUGGAUAAUGCUAUAUUUAGAUUGUCGCUCUAUUUGGGAAAUUCCGAAAGAACUAAAGCGGAAAGGGAAACUAGAGUUACAGAAAUAGAUAAAAAAAUUGCGGAGAAUAAUCUUCAAAGAGCUUCGAAAGAGAAAGUAAAGAGAGGAAUGGAACUUACUUUAGGAGAAGCACUUGAAGAAAAGUCAAGAAUGGAGAAAGUUCAUAAGAUAAAUAAUAAUCUCCAAGUAGUUUUAACAGGUGCGGGUAAACUUAUUACAGCAGAUAAACCAGAUGGGGUAGAUAUAAGUACUUUAACUGAUCUAUAUAAAGUUAAGGAUUAUUCUAUUGGUGAUAAUGUUCAUAAAGAUGAUUCAACGACUAUUACUGAUAUUUAUGGAGGUGCUACAGGAAAUACUGUUACAAACAUUUUAGAUCAUGCUAAAAGUUUUUUGGGUAAAGUUAAGGAUUUGAAGGCAUCACUAGGCAACAAAAAAUUUUUUAUUCCAACUUCAUUAUCACUUUAUAACGAUAGAAAAAUAAACUGUAAAAACAAUAUUUCGAAUGGAUUAGAUGAGUUUGGAAUAAUGUAUUUGAGUGUUUUGCGAAGUAUUGGUUCAGAAAAACUUGAAAAGGUUAUUGCGGCAUCUGGCAGUAGCAAGAAAACCAAAUUAGAAAAAAACAUCAAAAAAAUUACUAAAUACAUCUCAAAAAUUGAAGCUAAUGUUGGAGAAGAAUUGACUAUAAAGCAAAUUACGGAUUAUGCUUUUGGACAAAAGGCUGUAGAAUAUGCAGACAAACAAGAGAGAAAUGCUCAAAAUUUUUUAAAAACCAUCUUUGAAUUUAUGAAAGAAGUAUUUCCUUUAAAAACUGGCACUACUAGUUAUGAAUUAGCAGCUAAGCCUUACCUUGAUGAUAUUAAUGAUGCUAAUUUUUUAAAACCAUCAACUACUGGUGAUAAAGGGACAGGUCAUAAAGCUUCAGCUCCAGAUAAUAAUAUUACGAAUACAGAGGCAAUUUAUGCAAGAGAAGUUGAGUGUCUUAAAUAUUGCAGAACUAUGAGGGAAUUAUUUUUAGAAAUGAAAAUUUCUUCUAGUAUUGAUGAAUAUGAUGAGCAUUUGAUAAAAAUUUCUCAAGAAGCUUUGAGAGGAAGAAUUAUUUUUCCUGACAGAAGCAAAAUUAUUGAAAGAGCAAAAUUAAUUUCUGAUCAUGCUGCAACAGAUGCAAUUGCUUUAGCAGCACAAAACAACGAGAUAUGA